AGUAUUGCCUGCGGACCAUGAUUGAGGAAGACCGGGACCUCCUGUGCGUCACUGCUAGUGCGCGUCCCCUCUUUCAAUUACGUAUUUGUCGCCCUCCCUGCUAAAUAACGGGUACUUCCUAGCUCCCUGUGAAAUAGCCACUCUAUUUUACCACUGUCUCUUGGUUUGGUUACAGCUAUGCGGCGCACAUUAUAAUCUGCCAUUGUUUAAUGCAGCUUUGCACGCGCUUGGGUUGACAGCAUCUCACGAGCAGCGCGUGGGAUAAUCGAUUCAGUGUUAAAGCCCUUUCGCUUUUAACCAUGGCAAGCGACGCGCUCCACAGAUUCGUUUGCCUUUGUCGAUACCUACAGGAUCCCUGCCAUGUCGCCAGAUUCCAGCAGCUCUGCGGCGUCCGCGGGACAUUUUCUAAAAAACCAGCCGAGGCUGGCGAGAGUGACGAGGAGCCCGGGGUCAACGGUGCUUGCGUGGGGCAAUGUCAGGGAGACCGCGCGGCUAGUGUUGGGGAUCCAGCACACGGACUUCAGGGCCAAAGGCUAAGAAAAAGUUUAAAUGCUGCUGGAAAUGUUGAACAGGACGAGGGUUCCGCUGCUUUUCUCAACGGACCGUCGGAGCGAGACACAGAGAGGGACUCCAAAGGGACAGUGAAGCCUUUACGCAGGAACUCAUUGACUGGUGAUGUUGGCCAGGAGUUCAUCAUCGAGAACAAGUUUCUCUUCUAUCUCUUUACCAUCGGCACCGAGCUGGGCAACGAGAUGUUCUUCAUCGUGUUCUUCCCCUUCUUGAUGUGGAACGUCGACCCUUAUGUGAGCCGGCAGCUGAUCGUGGUGUGGGCCUGGGUGCUGUUCCUCGGCCAGUCCACCAAAGAUCUGGUCCGCUGGACCCGUCCCGCCUCUCCUCCUGUGGUCAAAGUGGAGGUGUUCUACAACACGGAGUACAGCAUGCCCUCCACACACGCCAUGUCCGGCACCGCGCUGCCCUUCUGUCUGUUCCUGCUCACGUGCAGCCGGUGGCAGUACCCAUUCAUGUUUGGACUGAGCAUCGCUCUGUUCUGGAGUGUCCUCGUGUGCAUCAGCAGGAUUUAUAUGGGCAUGCACUCAGUCCUGGAGGUGAUCACAGGCUUCCUCUACAGUGUGCUCAUCCUGGCGGUCCUUCAGCCCAUGCUGCAUGACAUCGACACGUUCUACCUGUCUCACAGCUACGCCCCUCUGAUCGUUCUGCUUCUGCAUGUUGGCUUCAGCUUGGUGGCCUUCUCGCUGGACUCAUGGAGCACCUCCCGUGGUGACACGGCCCAAGCCUUGGCCACAGCUGCCGGAGCAGCGUUGGCAUCCCGCCUGAACCACCAACUGGGUCUGCAUCCAGAUCCCCCCGAAGAAGCUCUUCCGCUCACUCUGCCCCUGAUCGAUGGGGCUUUAUUGACACGUUCCAUCAUGCGGCUCCUGGUAGGAGUGGCCGUGCUUCUAGCCGUCAGGGCUGCCAUGAAGGCGGUGGCAAUCCCUCUGGCAUGCAAGAUCUUCGGCGUGCCUUCGGAUGACGUGAGGAAGGCUAGACAACACGCGCACGUGGAACUCGCAUACCGGUUUAUGGUCUACGGCACAGUGGCUUACUGCUGCGUUUUCCUGGUGCCGCUUCUCUUCGGCUUCCUUGGCUUAUCCUGAAGAAAAUCCCUCUGUCCGGUCUUGUUAUUAUUUGAUUCUUAUCCAAAACUAAAACAAACUUGGAAAAGCCUUUUGGCUGCAAACACGUAUGAUGUUCAUGAUUCCAAUCAUUUCACUAGCUCCAUUUCCAUGCUAAUUUAUUUUGCUUGUUUUGAUACAUUUAAACAGGGUUUUUGGCACAUCUGCUGCCAACAGAGGGUAAUCAGACAGCUUGAAAGUGAGUGCGUGUGAUGUCAUGAGCUUCAGAGGACCUGUUCAAAGCUCCUGACUGUUUAUAGCCAUACUUAAAAAGGUUUCAAAUGUUUCCUGCAUUUGUCUUUAGUGUUUUUCCCUCAGCAGACUGACAUCCACCCAUCCUGGACCCUUGUUCAUUUAUCUUGCUCAACAAUAUGCAGGAUUGUUUCUCGCUGUACAGACUCAGUCUAUGGCCCUUCCCAUCUGUUUUUAUUCUUCUGAAGCAAACUGACCUGAGUGAACCCCCUUGUCAGUUAUUUGAAUCCUUGUCAUGGUUUCUCACAAGGGCUCAUUCGAAUAACAAUUUGUAAUUUGUGUUCUUCCUAUGGCUUGUUUCUUCUCUUGUGGGGCUAUUCCAGAUCAGUGCUGUGGCCCUAAUGGUUCAGGAAAGACACUCCAAAAUCUGAGAGGUGUAGAAAGUUGUUCUUAUCUAAAAACCAGUUGAGCUCACUCCUCACAAUAAGCGGUAAUGCAUUGAGAGCAUGAGGGGAGGGAACUUCCUGUCAGUAUGAAUGCUGUAUACAUGAACUUCCAUUAGAUGUGUUGCUCUGAAACCCAAGCUAGGAAAAGACCAUUCUGAAUAUGAAUGCAGCAUAUCUUUAACAUUGUCUUUGUCUGUGUAUUAUUUAUAAACAUGUCAGAUAUGUUUUUAAAAUUUACAACAGGGAGUAAGUUUUUUUUUUUUUUUUGCAGUUUUAAUAUAAGCAAAUAAUUACUAGUGGAUUUUUUGUAAUAUUUCUGUUAGUGUUAAUUUCUAGUUCUCUUUAAAGGGAUAGGUCACCCAAAAAUCAAUGACAGAUUCUUUUUUUUUUUUUUUUUUUUUUUUUUUUGUGGAGUGCAGUUUGUGUUGCAGGUUUUCUGCAUGUCUCUCUAUUUGACUGUAUUAAGACAUACAUGUUGUCCCGUAUUGUCAGCAGUUUGGAGGAGAUCCACUAAAAUCCUCUUUCUCCAGGAACACAUUCAGUGUGGCUUUAUUUAAUGGAAGUACUGAACUUACCUGCUUUGUCCGCUUGUCAUGACUAUGGGCAUGAUAAAAUGGCCAAACUAAAUCCAACAUGUAUUUUCGGAUUUUAAGAAAUUAUCAGUAUUAACCUAGGUAGUUGAUAUGUUGUCUGUCAUUGAACUAGUACUCUGUUCUAGCAGUGUAUUUUGUUAGUGUGUUCAGUUACACAAGGAAAUGUUGUAAAGCCAGUCAUAGAAGCCAGAUCUCUGACAUACAUUCAUUGCUCACUGCUCAGAAACCCCAGUGCCUUGCAUCUUUAUUCCUUCAGCGCAACUUCAUCCUUCAACUAGGCACAAGACGACACAGCCGUCUUUCUGUAAACUGUUUUGUAUGGUGUAAAUAACAGAAAAUAUUGUCACACAUCCAUAAUAUUUAUUUGCAAAAACUCAUUUUUGGUUAUAUAAUUGAAGACUUUCAUUUUCUCUCUCUCUCUCUCUCUCUCUCUAACAUCUGAUGCAUAUCUCCAGAUUUGUUCAAUGUGUUAUAUGUAGAAUUUAUCACCGGGUUUCUGGUAACAUAUUUUGAUGUUAACACAUUUAUCUGAAAUGAUUUACCUGUGCACCAGUAUAAAUAAAGGAAACAGUUGUGCUUAUAUUCAAUUGUGAUCAGUUCUGCAUAUAGUAAAUGUACCAUAACUGAAUCAUAAGCUGUUUUAUUUUACAGUGCACUGUGCUAAAGUGGUUAUCAUAUCACAGAUGGCAGGAUGAUAUUUUAGGGUUUCCUGGAAAGAAAUCCAUUAUGAAUGAAGCUUGUGCACCUUACCUGUGCUGAGAUUUGAGCUGUUCAUGGUCAUCUAAACUCACACAUGUACUGUAACUGUAAUCUAUGGCUGCUCGUCUGCAAUGUGCUUGCCAUUUUUCUGCUCUUAUUAUUUCUGUGAAUAAAGAAAACAGUAUAAAUUA